AUGGCACCCACCAAAAAACGCACAUCAAUCCGCGCCAAAAUCGCCUCCCGCUCCAAACCUAACACUGAUGUCUCCCUCUCUGAAGGCGCAGAUACUCCAUCGGAUAUUACAACCGGAACAGUAGACCUAAACCGAAGUUACCAACCUACCAAACGAGCGAAACAACAAGCAAAGCAUACUUCAUUCCUCUACCGUGUCGCCUCAACGGGUCUUACGAACUCCUCUGGGGUUAAAAAGAAGCUAAAACGUGGUCGUGGGAAGGAGGCCAAAACUCGUGGGAAGCUCGUUACCUCGUUAUCGAGUCUCGCGGACGCAUUACCGGAUUUCGAGGGCUUUGGAGGUGGUAAUGAUGGCGAUGAUUAUGACGGCGAAGCUGGAGAGAGAAAUGGUGUUUCAGCUGGAAAUAAGAUGAUUGGAAUACCUGGAUUGAGUGAUGUCAAUUUUACGAUUGCGAGAACUCGAAGUGGAAACAUUGCACAGGAAGGGCUGCCGAAGAAGAUGACGAGUUUGGGAACUAAACGCGGGAUGGGGAAGAAGAAGGAGAGGUUGGAGAUCGCUGAGAGGGAUAGGUUUCAGAAGAAUGUGGCGGUAAUGAUGGGAGAUCAGACCUUUGGGUUUGGGACUGCUAGUAAUACAUCGACUCAAGCGGCUUCGGCUGCUAGUGGGGAAGGCAGUUCUACUGGUGGUGCUGCCUCCGGAUUACAGGCCUUGAGAGCCUUUAUCAACCGGAAUAUGGCCAUUCAAAAGGCCUUAUAG